AUGCCAUUCAAUAAUAAAAAAUUAAUCCAACUGUUCAACUUAUUCAUCAAUUCAAUAAAUAGAGCCUCAAUGGAUGAAUUAAAAAAAGAAUUGAGCUUAGGUCUCAAAAGAAGUCAAAUGAAAAUUGACAAACUUAAGCUUAAACUCCAAGAUAUCCAAUCAAAACGUUUAUGCUUUCAAUCUCCUCCAAAUAAAUUAUAUUCUUGCUUUAAAAGAUUUUUUAAAGAUUACAGAUUUGCUAAAGUUCUGGUUAAAAAAUUAAAUUAUGGAUUUAGUUUAACAAGACAAUUUUCUUUAACUAGUGGAGUUGGAAGUUUGUUUUCCAAACAUUAUAUGCGAAGCAUAAUUUGCCCCAAUAUCUCAAGUGUUUAUUGUGGAAAUACAAUUGAAAAUAAAUUGAAUCAUAAAUUGAAGUUUGAACCAAAAAGUUUGGUAUUGGCAACAACACCAAAUAACUGUAACGAAAUGAUUGAUAUUGUUGAUAAGAUUCAAAAACAAUUUAAUGAUUUGAGUGUUUUUUUGGUUACAGUUGAUUCAAUUGGAAACAAAUUUAAAAUUCGAAAUGGGAUCAGUGAGCUAUGGUUAGAAGAGGAUAUCGAGAUUGAGAAAUCUGAGUUAUUGCAUUCUGGGAUCCCAACUGAUGUUGAUAGUGGAGUUAUUGAGGAAAUUAAUUACAACAGAAAUGAGAUUAAGUGGAAAAGUAUUGAAAAUUAUUAUAAGAUUGAGAUUCCAAUACUAAUGAAUGAGAAAAGUAGAUUUGUUAAAAAUUUAAAUAUUCAAUCAUACUUAUCAAAUACGUUAUUCAAUAAUGGAGAGAUUGUCACAAUGUUUUAUAUGUUAUCACCUAAAAAGAUUGAACAAGUUGAAGAGAAACAGAAAAACAAUUCAAAUAAAUUUUUAUCAUAUUUGAGUAUAAAAUUGCCGGUAUUAAGACCUAAGGCUAUAAACAACAAAUUGAUUUAUCAUUUCAAGUUGUUAGAGGAAAUUCCAAUUAAUUACAGAAUGGUCAUAACCAAUUGCAAAAAUAAUUUGUUAAAGGAGAUAAACAAUGAGGCUGCAUCAUUGUUCUUACAAAAUAACGAAACCAUUAAAAAAAUACAAACUAAAGAGUUUAGAAUUUUUGCAACAGUGGUCAGAAAAAAUAACAAAAUAGGUGAAGAAAACAAUUUGAAAGUCUUUGAUGAAAGAUAUGAAGUGAUUGCUGGAGGAGGUGAAUGGGGAGAUAAAGCGAAUAUAUUGGUUUUAUCACCAGAAGCAGAGCUAGAAGAAGGAGACGAGUUAAAAUUCUGGAUGUUAGACCCUAAACGAAUUGAAGAGUACGAAAAAGAGCGAGAAAGUGGUAGUUUGAAAGUGCAUGAGGGUGUGAAUUUGGAAAAUACUGGAUUUGUUAUUUGGACUAACGCAAUAGAAAUGGAAGUUGGAAGACCAUCACAGAGAAGUCAAUCCUCUCGUAAAACCAAGAGAAGUUGGAGAAAGAAUAUUGAUAUUGAUGAUAUCGAGAGAGAUUUGGAAGAAAAGAGAGAAGCGAUUAGAAAAUAUGGGAUUGAAGAUAUUGAGAAAUUACCAUCAAGCGAAUUAUUUGAAAUAGAUACAGUCGGAUCAAGCGAUAUAUUAAGGAAGAAGAAAAUUGAGAUUAAAACAUUAAAAGCCGAUGAAAUUUUGAACAAACGAUCUAAAUUACCUACGUUGGUUCAUCCAAAGAAGAUUAAUAAUAAAAUACAGGGAGUUGAUAAAAAAGAAGCGUUCAAAUUGAUGAAGCUAGCUGGUAAAGUACAAGGUGUUACUAGGACGCAAGCCAUAUUAGAAGAAGUGCAUAGCAAGAAAAAGAAUGGUAAGAGAAAUAAUAAACUUGAUUUGUACGAUGCAUGGAAUGAUAGUGAAAAGACUGUGAAAAAAAGUAAGAUGAUUAAUGAUAUCUACAAAGAAAAUAGAAGUUUGACAAGUUAUACGAAGGCGAAGGUUAUACCAGAGACGUUAAAAAAAGCACCUAUUCAAAUCAGAGAAAUUGAGGAUAUUCCAAUGGGAGGUAAAUCAUAUAAUCCUUCUUUGGAAGAUUGGAAAUCAUUGAUUAUUAAAGAAUAUGAAAAGGAAAAGUUUAUUGAAGACCGAAAAUUGCAAAUUGAAAGCAAGAAUCAUCGAAUUCAAAAAUUGAUACUAGAAAUUGAAAAAAAGGAAAAAGAAGAUGAUGAAGUGGAUAGUGAUGACGAUGUUGAUGAAAAAGAGGAGGAUAACAAUGGAUUGGGAUUGUCGUUGAAUAAACCAGUAGUGAGAAAACAGAAAACCAAAGCCAAAAGAAACAAAGAAAAGAAACAUCAAGAAAGAAUACAAUUGGAAAACGAAGUGAAGUUAUUGAAAAAACAAAUAACUGAAUUGCAAGAUUUGAAUGUGAUUAAGAAGAAGGUGGAGAAGGAAUCUGCUGAAAAAGAAAAGUUGUUAAACACCAAAAAAAUCGAAAAAAACAGCAAGAUUCAAAAGAGAAAAUUAGGCACCAAAUACAACCCAAUAAAUCCCCAGCUCGAGGUGAAACUAUCAGAUGAACUCACUGAUUCACUACGAAAGUUGAGGCCAGAGGGAAACCUCUUCUACGACCAAAUGAGAAUAAUGCAAAGCAAAGGAAAGGUCGAGGCCAGAGUGCCUGUUGUGAAGAAGAGAAGGUAUGCCCAGAAGGUGACUGAGAAGUGGACCUUCAAGGACUUCAAGUAG